AUGUCACACCAAGCUGCUCACCCAAAGGCUCAGCCUCACAAGGCUACUCACGCCAGGACAGCACAGCCUCACACAGCUGCCCAUGUCCCGGCAGCACAGCCACUGUUCAACGUCGCUGUCCCAACUUCAUUCCGCAUCGAAGCUGUCGAUGCGAAGGCCGAGCAGACUGCCGGUCAUGCGACGCGAGCAGCCCUCCGGAAGGCUCGUGGACUUCCAGACAACGUCUCCCUGCUUCAUCCCGACAAGCCGAAGUUUCCUUCCGAGUUUGUUGCUCAGCCAGUCCCACAGCCUGGUCCACAGCAACCACUUCAGCCGACUCCGACCACGAAUGAGACUUCGACCGGCGUCGAGCCAGGCUCUCUUGGCAUCGCUUUGUCAAAGUUCGUAGGCGAGUUCCAGGGUAACGGUUUCAACUCGAUUCUCAGACCGCAGAACGGCCCGAAUGGUCAGGGUACGAGCGACAAUCUGCUUGAGCUCAACUUCACUCAUGAAACCUUGACCUUCCUGGCCGAGGAUGUGCUUGGGGACAUUCCCAACAGAGGAUCUCAACUACAGCCUGACAUCAACCUCCGAGGCAUCCCUUAUACUCAGCGGAUCAAGGAUCUCGCCAAUGGAGAGACUGGAAAAGGAGAUCUUCCCAUCGAUACUGCCCCAGCUAUUCAUUUCGAGCAAGGUCUUUUCGUCCGUACCCCAGCACUUAUCCCGUGGAAGGACAACACCUUCACCGCCAAAGUGGACACACCCAUCUUACCCGCUACCGUCUCACGCAUGGCAUCGAUCCCUCACGGGACCACGAUCAACGCACAAGCUCUCGACCCGACAACGGUCACCCCCGGCGCUCCAGUAUUCCAGAACCUCGAUGUUCAGAACACCUUCCCUUUCAGCCUCGACAAGACUCCCGCAGAUGCCGCAGACCCCUCCUUCUUUCCCCAACUCCAGUUCAAGACCGACGUCACCAAGGACCGCAUCCCGCUAGAUCUCCGCAAGUUCGACACCGCCGGCACCAUCAACGAAGCCCAAUUCAAGAACCCCGAGAACUACCUCAAGGACAACAACGACAAGAAGACCAUCAAAGAGCACAUCACCUUCACGGUCGACACUCAACCCCAAAUCGCCCUCUGGGGCGGCGGCACCGACAACGUCGCUCACCUCGCUGAGCAUGAGGUCACUGACCCUACCACAGGCGAGGUCGAGACCAACGACGCCUCGAAGCCCCUGGCUGACGGCACCGUGCUCUCCACCGCCAACGCCAACGCCAUCCACGUAGCCUGCAAAUACUGGAUCUCCAGCGUCGAGGAGACAAUCACCAUCCCGGUCUUCGACAAGGCUACCCUGCCGCGCAUCAAUCAAGAUCCGGCGAAGAAGGACGACUUUGCGAACAUUGUCUGGCCAGUCGUUAGUCCUACGAAAAUCGAUGGUGUUGGCCAGCCGGACUUCCAGAUCACCUUAGACAAGAAUGAUACGGAGUUCCAGGCGAAGGUGCUGUAUACGCAGAUUCAGUACGCGCAGACUGUGAUGCUGGAUUUCAAUACGCUGAGGUGGCCGCAUGUUUCGGUCAAUUCGUUGGUGCCGUCUACGCCGGUGAUCAUUGCUACUGAGGCGGACUUUACGCGUGUUUGA